AUGACAACCAAUCAUUUGGACGUGUCCGAAGUCGAUAGUUAUGACUAUCUCAUUGUGGGCGGUGGUACAGCCGGCUGUGUUAUUGCAUCCCGCCUGGCCGAAUACCUCCCCAAGAAAAAGAUCCUGUUGAUAGAGGCAGGCCCCAGUGACUUUAUGGAUGAUCGUGUCCUGGAUCUCAAACAGUGGCUCAGCCUUCUCGGUGGAGAACUCGACUAUGACUAUGGCACUACCGAGCAACCAAUGGGCAAUUCUCAUAUCAGGCAUUCUCGCGCCAAAGUCCUGGGUGGUUGCUCCAGUCACAACACGCUCAUCUCUUUCCGGCCGUUUGAGUAUGACUGCAAGAUCUGGGAAUCCAUGGGCGCCAAAGGCUGGACCUUCCCUAUGUUCAUGCGUGUGCUGAACAAGCUCCGGAACACCGUUCAACCGGUUCAUUCUCGCCACCGAAAUCAGUUGUGCAAAGACUGGGUUCAAUCGUGUAGCACUGCGAUGAACAUCCCAAUCGUACACGAUUUCAAUGCUCACAUUGCAGCCACGGGCGCCUUGAGGGAGUGUGUCGGCUUUUUCUCCGUCAGCUACAACCCCGACGAUGGCCGGAGAUCGAGCGCCAGUGUGGCCUACAUCCAUCCAAUCCUGCGGGGCGAGGAGGACAGACCAAACCUCAAGAUCCUGACCAACGCCUGGGUCUCCAAGAUCAAUGUUCGUGGUGAUACGGUGACGGGUGUCAACCUCACGCUCCAAUCAGGCCAAAAAUUGACUCUCACCGCACGGACUGAAACCAUUCUGUGUGCCGGCGCUGUAGACACACCGCGCCUCAUGCUCCUCUCCGGUCUGGGUCCGGCUCAAGAAUUGUCCUCUCUCUCCAUCCCCGUGGUGAAGAACAUCCCGGGUGUAGGUGAAAAUCUCCUCGACCAUCCGGAAACCAUCAUCAUCUGGGAGCUGAACCGACCGGUUCCGCCGAAUCAAACAACCAUGGACUCGGACGCUGGCAUCUUUCUCCGCCGUCAAGCUCCCGACGCGGCCGGGUCGAAAGCCACACCGACAAACCCAGCCGCGAUCCCGGACGGGAGCAUUGCAGACGUGAUGAUGCACUGCUACCAGAUUCCCUUCUGCCUGAACACGACGAGAUUGGGAUACGACACUCCAAUCGACGCAUUCUGCAUGACCCCCAACAUCCCCCGUCCUCGAUCCCGCGGCAAACUGUAUCUGACCUCGUCCGACCCCAGUGUCAAGCCGGCGCUGGAUUUCCGCUACUUCACCGACCCGGAAGGCUACGACGCCGCGACCUUCGUCUUUGGACUCCGAGCCGCGCGCAAGAUUGCCGAGCAAUCACCCUUCAAGGAGUGGAUCAAGCGUGAAGUCGCCCCCGGGCCGCAAGUCCAGUCCGACGAAGCCCUGUCCGAGUACGCCCGCAAAGUCGCCCACACAGUGUACCACCCCGCGGGCACCACCAAGAUGGGAGACGUGCGCAAAGACGACAUGGCCGUGGUCGACGAGAAUCUCAAGGUGAGGGGCCUCAAGGGCCUGAGGAUCGCGGAUGCCGGCGUGUUCCCGGCCAUGACCACCAUCAACCCGAUGUUGACGGUGCUGGGCGUUGGCGAGCGGUGUGCCGAGCUGGUCGCCAUCGAGGCUGGCUGGAGACUGACGGACGUGGAGAUGAGCGGACAGGGUUGGGCGAAUGACAAGGGUCUCCGACCCAGACUGUAA